CGGCGGGGCUCUUCCGAGGAGCUCAAGUUGUCGCAUUUAUACUUAAGAGGUAUCUACACCGAUAUGCACUGAUUCUCCCACAUCUUCUUUAGGACGACAGCAAUCGCGAUAGUUCAGAAUUUUGCAAACUUUUUUCUACGAAGAAUUGACCAUCUGAGAAAUAUUGCGACUCUCAAUUAUUAAAUCAAGUUCCAAGCUAUCUACUACGUACCUAGCUUCCCAGGUACCUACAUACCUUCCUGCCUACCUACACAAUGUCCGCCAACCCGUUCCUGUUGGCCGCGGAUAACAGCCCAGAACUGCUACCUCUCCUCCGCCAAAAUUCAGAAUUAGCUGCGGGACAGGAUUCUCACGGCUACUCUCUACUGCAUGCAGCAGCAAGCUAUAACCAUCUAGAGCUUCUGCGAGCUUUGGUCCUCGAGUUCAACGUCGAUGUCAACCUACGCGACGAAGACGAAGAAACGGCUCUCUUCGUGGUCGAAACUGUGGAUGCGGCUAGAUUGCUGGUCGAAGAGUUGGGCGCUGAUAUAACAAUCCGAGGUUCAGAGGGCUUUACCGCGCGCGAGAAAAUAGACGAAGAGGGGGAUUUUCCCGAAGUUGCUGAAUACCUAGAAAGUAAAGAAGAUGGAAAUAGCGCCCCAGCUCUGUCGAAUGGCACCAACGGAGAGUUACCGCACGACGAGCUCAACUUAUACCUCAGCGGCUGGGCACCAGCAUCCGAAGAGGAUGAUGUUGAAAUCGACCCUAUAUUUCGACGGAGGAUAGAAGAAAUAAUUGCACGUCCGGACUACCGAGAUCCAACCGGCCAGCACGCACUCAGACAAGUAAUUGAAGAGAUGAUGCUGGCAGAAGAUCCCAUCAGUCGUAACGUUCGGCAAAGGCGAGAGUCAUCAGACUAAUUCCGGCAGCCGAACAAAUCAUCGCGAUAAUGCUUUGUAGUCAUGACUCUUAAUAUCCCAGAGGAAAUACUCCUUGGGCGAGUCUGGCGGCCGGAGAAUGGUACAGUCAGCGGUAUCCCCAACGAUACCUUUUGCGAACGAUGUUACGCUCAGCGAAAACCACGACUUAGAUGGCAGUGCGAGUAUUACAUCCGCCAGUAGCUUUUGAGUCCACUUGGGCGAGAUGAAGCCUUGCCAACUGAUUCGACAUAGCUUGCCCUCUUGGAUUUCUUCAGCUUGACCAGGAACUGAGUAAUCAGACAAAUAAGGGUCGAUCUUGUCACCUACUCUUAGUCGCGGACUAUUGAGCCGGACUAGAGAGAGCCAUUCAUAGAUAUCUAGCGCAAAAUCAUCGAGAUCUAAGCGAUUCUGAGGUUCAAGGAUGGCAGGUGAAGGCUUUAACAGUGGAAUAUUCAUGAAGAGAUCCUCGGAAAUUUCAGGACGUGAGGUGUAUUUGGUAGGAUAGUGCCGUAAGAGAGGAUCUGGGGUAGGGGCUAUGCGUUAUAGAUGUCAGAUACGAUGUCCUUGAUUAGGUAUAUAUUACUUACUCUUUGUGA